AUGGAUGUUGUUGGAUCUUUAGCAAGCAUCCUGAGCUGCUUGUUCUCUCAGAACUCACUGCAACAAUCGCUUGAACGACAGUGUAGGCAUCUUAGAAAACCAAGAAAGAAUUUGAACAAGCUAAAAGAUUUAGUGGAACAGCUAGAUGCUCGGAAAUCAGAUGUGAACACUAAACUAGAUCAAAUGUGGCUGGGAAAAGGGAUGAAUCCACGGGAAGAGGUGAAGCUAUGGAUAAAAAGUGUUGAUCGAGUUAAAAUUCAAGUGAGCAGCCUCACGGAGAAUAACAAUGGAUGUUCCUUCAACUUUGUUUGUUCACGAAUAAAAUUCGGAGAAGUAGUAGAAGAGAAGAUCAGUGAGGUUAAAGAGCUUCUUGACAAGGGUCAGUUUUUGGAUGAUUCGGUGGCUGAAAACUUGCCUAAGGUAGGGUACACUCUUCCUGCAUCUCCAUUAAUGGAGUGUGCCACAACGUUGAAGAGUUUAACGAGGAUCUUGGAAUGCUUAUCACGAGAGAGUGUGAAAAGGAUUGGAGUUUAUGGGAUGGGAGGAGUGGGCAAAACAACUAUCAUGACAGAAAUCAACAAUCGUCUUUUAGAAGGGAGAGAUUUUGAUCUUGUCAUGUGGGUUUCUGCACCAAAAGGGCCAAGUCUUGCAAAACUACAGAAGGGUAUUGGAGAGAAGCUGGAUUUAGAUCUUUCGAUGAUUGAUGAUGAUGUUACUAGAGCAGCCAAGCUAUUUGAGGCUUUAAACAGGAGGAGGAAAUAUGCACUGAUUCUGGAUGAUUUAUGGGAGCCUUUCUCUCUUGAAACGGUUGGAAUACCGAUACCAACAGUCGAAAAUGGUUGCAAGUUGGUGAUCACAACGCGAUUGUUGAGCGUUUGUCGAGGUAUGGAAACAGAUGAGGACGUGGAAGUGAAGGCCCUUCAAGAUGAUGAGGCAUGGGAUCUCUUAAGGUAUAAAGUUGGACCAGUAGUGUCAAAUUCCGCAGAAGUAGAGGUGAUUGCAAAGGAGGUGACAAGAGAGUGCGGAGGUUUGCCUCUUGCUAUUGUCACAGUAGGACGAGCCUUAAGAAAUGCUGCUGAUGUAUCAGAGUGGGAGUGUGCAUUAGAUGAGUUAAGAGCCUCGACAGCGAAUAUUGAAAGGAUGGAAGAAGCAGUCUUUGCACAUUUGAGAUUUAGCUAUGCCAAGCUAAAGGAUGACACAAGCAGGUCUUGUUUCCUCUUUUGUGCUUUAUACCCUGAAAGUCAUCAAAUUGAUACUAAUGAGCUGAUGGAAUAUUGGAUGUGGGAAGGUUUAUUGGGUUAUGUUGGAAGAAUGGCUGCAAUCAAGAGGAGGGGGAAAAUGAUAUUGAAUGAAUUAAAACAUGCGUGCUUGUUAGAAGGUCUAACUCAAAAUGCGGUGGAAUUCGUUAGAAUGCACGAUUUGAUCAGAGAUAUGGCUAUUACAAUCAUGAGAACGAGCCCUCACUGCAUAAGUAAAGCGGGGACUAGAAUGACAAAACAUCAAUGGAUGGAGGAAUGGGCAGAAGAUGUUCAAAGGGUCUCACUUAUGAGAAAUGACUUGAAAUAUAUUCCCUUCAAUUACAACCUCAUGUGCCCUAGACUUACUUCCCUGUUGUUGCAAUUCAACUCAUUUUCUGAAAAUAUAUCCCAUGAAUUCUUCGAAAAUAUGCAGUUUCUGAAAGUUCUGGAUCUCUCCUAUACUGGGAUUGAUUUCUUGCCUAACUCGGUCUCUAAUUUAGAGAAUCUAUCUGCUUUGUUAUUGAGUAACUGUUGGAAUUUAUCAACAGUUCCUUCUUUAGCAAAAUUGAAUAAGCUGAUGGUCCUUGACCUCUCCUGCUCUCCAAGGAUGAAAGAACUUCCAAAUGGGAUGCAAAAUUUGGGAAACUUGAGACGCUUAAACCUUUCCAAGACUGGAAUUGAAAUCUUCCCAUUUGGAUUAAUAUCCAAAUACACCCUUUUGGAAGACUUGCUGAUAGGUGGUUGUGGUAGCUUGUGGGGAUCAAUGACAGUCAAAGCAAUUAGCGGUGGAGCUUCCAUAGAAGAAGUCAUUUCCUCAAAUCUGUCUUCUCUUGAACUAGACUUGUGGAAUACAGAUGUGUUUGAUCAAUAUGCCAAAUCUGAUCAUUGGGUUCAGCUGGAUAAGUUCAGGAUAACAAUUGGGCAGCCCCAAGUACAGUUUUGUGAAGAGAGAAGCUUAGCUUUUAGUGGAAGAUUUGUUCUAAGAGGAAAUCCAGUUUCUCUACCACCAAAUACCUUAGAGCUGCAUUUGGAUGACUGUGCUGAUAUUAAGAAUCUAAGCAUGUGCCUAGUGAAUGUGACACAAUUGAAAUCCUGUAAAAUCAGGUGGUGCGAUGACAUCGUAUGCAUAAUUGAGUCAGAGGAAGAGGAAAAUACUUUAUCCAUGUUAGAAAGGAUGGAACUUUUAGUUCUAGGAAACUUGAAGAUGAUAUGUAGGGACGUAGUGAGACCUGGCACUCUUAUGAGCUUGAAGAGCAUUACUGUGGAAUACUGUCCAAAACUGAAGACUCUAUUCUCAGGGCAGAUUUUACUUCAACUUAAGAAUCUAGAAGAAAUUAGUGUCCGCAGUUGUACUGGUAUGGAGUAUGUGAUGCAAGAAGAAGAGGGAGAUUUCAUGGGAGGUAAUAAUUUUGGAAUUGAGUUUCCGAAGUUGAAGAGGAUGAAACUGAAAUUCAUGCCCCUUUUGAUGAGUAUAUAUGAUGGAACCAUUAUCUGCCCUUCUUUGAGAAGUCUUGAAAUAGCAUCCUGUGAAGCCUUAAAAAGGCUUCCUCUUGAUCCGUUAACAACGCCUGCUCUUGAAGAAAUCAAAGCAACCAGAACAUGGUGGAACUCAUUAGAGUGGGAUCAACCUGAUUUUAAAAAUGCCCUGCAACCUUUCCUUAUUGAAAUUAGAUUGACAAGUACGAGUGAUAGAUAA